CAUCGUCGUCGUCGUCGUCGUCGGGAAUCGUGUUCAGGAACUCCUGGUUAGAUCGAAUCAACUCCGCCCUGGUAGUGUGAGCAGCCUGCUGUUCGAGGUGAGUCGAGAGAUGCUCUCGAAAAGCUGCCCAGCUAAAGCUUUCGGGGCCGCGUUUCAUCGUGAUUGAGCCGGAGGCAAGACUUAAUGACGAGGAAUGGCGUUGGAGAGACCUCACUUCGGUCAACAUGUCUGUUCAACACGAAUGUAUGCGUGUGCACGGCUCUCUCGCAGAUUCAAAUGCAGAGGGGUAGAGGAAAAAUCUGAGUUGGCAAACGGGAAUCAUCAUAAACCUUGGGGACCCCUUCGAGCUUACCGAGACCGAAAUUUGCCUUGGAUGAUAAGACACCGCCUGCUAAUGGAGCAAGAUUUGUUUUGAGGGGAAUUUGUGUUACUCCCCCGCUCACUAUUUUCCUUUCCUUUCCUCGCCAUCUCACUACAACACCUCAGUCGGGAUUACACAUACAUUCAUCUCUUCACCCCAUUAUCCCCCAGCAUUCGUUCCUGAAGGCCCGCAAAAUGCCUGCUAAGCGAAAAUUUUUCAGCUUGACGGCGUUGAGGAAUCGUCUUUCGACGAAUUUCCGCGAGCAGGCACCUCAUCUUCCGACGCCGAUGAAUGAACGGAAUCAAGAGCUUCUGAGCGCCAUCCCGAACGACGACGAGAAUCUACCUAGCCUUCCUGCUACGAAAAUGACACUCCAAGAUCUUAAGGACAUUUUCAACCUCCACGAGCACAAGACGAGAAACUUCAUGAAAAUCUCCGAGUCUGAUAAGAUCCCCGUACCCCCGGAGCUAGAACGGGAAUUGGAGGAAGAACUAGCAAUGCUUGCCGCUGAUCCUAAAAAUGAGGCCGAAUGUAAAAUAGGUAUCACCAAGCUCUUUCUUGACGCACUGAAGCGCGAACGACGCGCUCUUGCGGCUUCGGCCAAUCCCCCGGAGUACCUCCCAUGCUUUACACUGGAGACAAAUCUGGGACUUGAGGUGUUUUACAAAGGAAGAAAAAUGCUUCUAAACGGCGACAUGGACUAUUCGAUGCUCUACGCCAGAGAUGAGACUUCCGCCGGCUUGGUGAUACUGGAAGCUAAAAGCUUCAGUACAAUGGGUAAAGGACUUGCGCAAUGUCUUACCUAUAUGGCUAUGGUGCAUGCAAUCCGCAUAUCUGAAGGUCGAGAGAACGCGGUUAUUUGGGGAAUUGUCUCCAACAGUCAGGAAUUUCAAUUUCUGCGCAUAGACAACGAUGGAAAGUACGUCCGUUGGCAGCCGGACAGGACCUGGGGGCCAAACACAAAAACCAUAAUUUACACGAUGUUCAGAUUGAUUAUACGGAGUGCAGCAGUGUCUUCGCCGCGCACUUCAACCCAGGCAGUUCGAAGAAUUAGUCCCCACCACCCUCUCACCGCACACCCGGCUAGAUACCACCUCCGGGUCGGUAGCGCUGACGACGAGGAUGAAGAGCAAAUGACUUUUUGAGGACAAAGAUUACGACAUGGGGGUGAACAGCGGAGCUGGCCAUGAGUUUUGCUUCUUUUUCUCUUUCCCGUGCGUGUGGUUUUUCCUUUCUUGAGAACACCUAUUUCCGAAAAGUAUGCCAGAAAGUUGAGGUCGAGCCGGCCCUCGGCGGCUAGGCACUUGUUUUUUAGUUGAGGAUGUUAUCAGUCGAAGUCCAGUUUUCGUUGUCAGAAUAGUCCCCGCAACCGACGCAUCAGUUUUCCGAAAUUCUAUCUUGUGAUGCCUUCAAUCUCCACCUGCCCGGCAUUGGCCGCGGUUGUACUUUCAUUCUUCUCUGUCGCUUUAGCCCAAGUUUGCAUGCUUGAUCCUUGAUACUACUUCAUUGAUGGUCCAAAGCAGGUUGAGGAGCUGUCGCGAAACUGCACC